AUGCGAGGGGCGUAUUGCGCCGCUAUUGCUAAGGACUUCCACUCGACGAGGAGGACGCAGGCCAUCAAGCCUGUCCUUUUGGCUGAUAUCGGCGAAGGUAUCGUGGAAUGCGAAAUCAUACAAUGGUUUGUCGAACCUGAAGCCAGAGUCGAAGAGUUCUCACCGUUGUGCGAAGUCCAGAGCGACAAAGCCUCCGUCGAGAUAACGAGUCGGUUCGCAGGUGUCGUCAAGAAGCUAUAUUAUGAUGCGGGAGAAAUGGCUAAAGUCGGCAAGCCGUUUGUGGAUAUCGAUAUACUGGGCGAUGCUAAGAAAGAAGACUUGGAGGCCUUGACCGCACCGGUGCCCUCAACCGAUGGUAUCUCAGAGCCGUCGAAUAAAGAUUCUCUCAAACGGGUGUCUGGGACGCAGGAGUAUCCACAGACCUCAGAAAGCAUGCCGCAAUCCGAAAACAGUGUGUCCCAGUCCUUAACUCGGGAUAAAAACAUAUAUAAAUCAUUGGCGACUCCUGCGGUGCGCCAUCUAUGCAAAGAGUUAAAUGUCCAGAUUACUGACGUCGUUGGGACGGGGAAAAGUGGCAGAGUGCUGAAAGAAGACAUAUAUAAGUUCGUUGAAGCUCGCGAUGCUGGCAACAAGGCUGCGCAACCCACGAAGACUACCUCCGAAGCACCGUCUACCCCAUUAACCACCACCGAGAGACAGAUGGAGACCGCUGUCGCUCUAACUAAUACCCAACAACAAAUGUUCAAAACGAUGACCCGGUCUCUGAGCAUACCGCACUUCCUAUAUGCCGACGAGGUUGACUUUUCCCAGCUCUACGAAUUGAGGCAGCGGUUGAACAAGAUAUUAUUACAGUCAGCUAAAGAAGGAGAGAUAUCAAAACUGUCUUAUUUGCCCUUCAUUAUCAAAGCGGUAUCGCUUGCCCUUGCCAAAUACCCGAUAUUGAACGCACGGGUAGACAACGAUCCCGAAACGUCUAAGCCGGCGCUAGUCUACCGCAGUCAGCAUAAUAUUGGUGUGGCGAUGGAUACACCUAUAGGCCUACUUGUACCGGUUAUCAAGAACGUGGGGGCUAAGAAUGUAUUAUCAAUUGCAAGCGAGUUGGCAGGCCUGCAGUCUAGAGCGGCAGCUGGGACGCUGUCGGUGCAAGACCUAACUGGAGGAACGAUCACAGUAUCGAAUAUCGGCAAUAUAGGAGGAACAUACCUGUCACCGGUCAUUGUUGAGAAGGAGGUAGCAAUACUGGGUAUUGGGCGCAUGCGCACAGUUCCUGCAUUCGGUAAAGACGAUGAAGUGAUCAAGAAGCAGGUGUGCAACUUCAGUUGGAGCGCAGAUCAUCGUGUUGUCGAUGGAGCGACUAUGGCCCGGGCAGCCGAAGUCGUUAGGCAAAUUGUGGAGGAGCCUGCAGCAUAUAUCCUGCAUCUGCGGUGA